ACGGCGGGGGCAGCGGCGCCUGGAGAGGAUGCCCCCGGCCGGGGGACGACCCCCGCGGCUGCGCUCGGGCCAGGGGAACCGCCGCCGCUGCGGGGGCCGGAGCAACGAGGCGUGGGGAGCGGACUCGGAGCCCCGGGCACGGAGCCGCAAGGUCCCUUAGCCUGUGGUCCAUGAUGCCGGCGACCAGCCCUCCAUAAGGGGCUCUGCUCUCUGCCCGGGGCCCUGGGGCUCCCCUGGAGGAUGUCCGUGCUGCCCCCGGCCCUGCGUGCGUCCGUCCCCAGCCAGCUCCCUUGGGCCCGUGGCCCGGCCCCCGCCCUGCGCCAUGAAGGAUGAGGAGGGGCUGCACAGGAACGCCGUGGCCUGGCUGGCGUGCGCCGGGGUCUCGCUGCUGGCCAAUGCCUGGGGCAUCCUGAGCGUCAGCGCCAAGCAGAAAAAAUGGAAGCCCCUGGAGUUCCUCCUGUGCACGCUGGCCGGCACCCACAUGCUCAACAUCGCCAUCCCCAUCACCAUGUACGCGGUGGUCCAGCUGCGGCGCCAGCACUCCGACUACGAGUGGAAUGAGGGGCUCUGCAAAGUGUUCGUGUCCACUUUCUACACCCUCACCCUGGUCACUUGCUUCUCGGUCACUUCUCUGUCUUAUCACCGCAUGUGGAUGGUCCGGUGGCCGGUCAACUACCGGCUGAGCAACACCAAGAAGCAGGCGGUGCACACGGUGAUGGGCAUCUGGAUGGUGUCCUUCAUCCUAUCCACCCUCCCCGCCGUGGGCUGGCACGACACCACGGAGCGCUUCUACGCCCACGACUGCCGCUUCAUCGUCACCGAGAUCGGGCUGGGCUUCGGGGUCUGCUUCCUGCUGCUCAUCGGCGGCAGCGUGGCCAUGGGCGUGGUCUGCACCGCCAUCACCCUUUUCCAGACCCUCUCCCUGCAGGCCGGCCACAACCUGGACCGCAACAAGUUCAACGUGCCCACCAUCGUGGUGGAGGACGCCCAGGGCAAGCGCCGCUCCUCCAUCGACGGCUCCGAGCCCCUCAAGACGUCCCUGCAGAUCACCUACCUGGUGGCCGGGAUCGUCUUCCUCUACGACUGCCUCAUGGGCUUCCCCGUGCUGGUGGUGAGCUUCACCAGCCUUAAGUCGGACACUUCCUACACCUGGAUGGCCCUGUGCAUGCUCUGGUGCUCGGUGGUGCAGUCCCUCCUGCUCCCCCUCUUCCUGUGGGCCUGUGACCGCUAUCGGGCCGACAUCAAGGCCGUCUGGGAGAAGUGUGUGGCCCUCAUGUCCAAUGACGAAACAGAUGAAGAGACCAGCCUGGAUGGGGGCCUCCACACGGACCUGAUGUAUGAGCGCCCCUUUGAGUACGGCUACAGGGGUGACUUCCUUGCCCUGGACCAUAUUGCCAAGUAUGACUUCUCUGCCUUGGAGAGGGGGAUCCCUCAGCUUUACCCACUGCAGCCCAUCCAGGAGGAUAAGAUGCAGUAUCUUCAGGUCCCCCCCACCAGGCGGUACUCCCACGACGACACGGACAUGUGGCCCGCCGUCCCCUUGCCCGCUUACCUGCACCGCCCCUGGGGCUCCAGCGAGGACAUGGCCACCCUGGCCCAGCUGGUGCUGCCCUCCCCGUCCGACCGCCGGCGGGGAAGCCUGCUGGCCUUCUCGGAGGUCCCUCCCUACCGCAGGCGGCGGCGCUCGGCCGAGAGCCUGCUGUCCCUGCGCCCCUUGUCGCGAGAGGAGGUCUGCGGCCAGGACCUGGCUUGCUUCAGCCGCGAGGAGGUGGUGAGCUUCAUCGACGAGUCUCCCCUGGGCAGCCCCCUGCGCAGCCCGGCGCGCUCGGCCUCGGCCUCGGUGCUCCCCGACGCCUUCGGCUGCCCCGCGGCCGGCUUCGCGCUGGCGGACUUCGGGAAGGAGCCGCAGGCCUUGCGCCGCCUCUCGGGCCAGGGCCGCGGCUGCCUCUUGGCGCUGCCGGGGCCCUUCCAGCCCCGGGCCCUCCAGGCCCCGGGCUUCUUCCCCGUGGACGGUCGGCGGCGCCCGGGCUCCAUCCACAUUGAGCUCUGCGAAGCCCCCGCGUGUGAGGAGCCGCCCCCCGCCCCCGCCGCCCGCCGGGCCGGCUUGGACGCGGACUCUAAAAGGUUUCGGAUGAGUCUGAGCGCUUCCUGGGGGGACUCGGAGAGCUUGCGGCCGGUGGGGGGCAAAGGCAGCAACAGCAGCUUCCUGAGCUCUCCCUCCGAGUCCUCGGGAUACAUCACCUUACACUCUGACUCGCUGGGCUCGGCCUCCUAAGGGGGGAAGGCAGAGCGCCCCCCGAAGAGCGGCUGCGCCCCUUCCCAGGCUCCCUUCCGGGGGCCAAGGGCGAGGAAGGGCGACGAGCUGGUGACUCCUCCCGCGGUUACUCGGGCCUUGGCUGUGGGGCAGUCGGAGCUGAGUAAAAACACCAAAGAAUCACUCUCUCCUCUCCUCCCCCCUGCCCCACCACGAAGCCCGGCGGAGCAGAACCGCGGACCCCCGGAGGCUGGGACCAGGGGCAGAAGGCAGGGCUCCCCCGCAUGCAGACUGAGCUCGGAUGAGCCGGAGAGAAGAGGGAAGGGCGAGCUGGGCUGAGGAUCCCUUAUGGGGUAGAAACACGAACACGAGAUCGUCUCUUCCUGCCUCCUUCCCCCUUCCUUUCCCUCUGUCUCUCUCCUGUAUCCCCAUUCUCUUUGCAUUCCUCUCCCCUUCCCUCCUUCCACUUGAUCCAUCCAUUUUCCACUGUGACCCAUAAUUAACUGUAGCUCCAGCUUCUCCCCCAACCCUGUAUUCUCAUCCCUCGGGGCCGUGGAAGGAGAGAAAAAAGAUCCUUUCUGGGAUUUCUAAAAGCACAGGGGCAUGCAUAAGCCCAAACCUGCUUCCCUCCUCACAUGCCUCAGUUUCCCCAUCCGUGGGGGGUGCCAUUACUUAUCUCUCAGGGCUGUGGUGAGGACUCACGUCCUUGGUGUGUACAGCAUGGGGCAGCGGGGUAACGAUGGGGAAGGGAGCACUGGAAAUCUCCAGGCUUGACUCAUCGGAGAGGGGUACGAUGUCCAGACGUCCAAUAUCUGUGUUCUCUCUCCAUCGCCAGCCAGGAGCAUGAAAGACAGUGGGUGUCCUGGGUGAGAAAGGCGCAAGACCAGGGCAUUGAGCAAUAUAUAGGCCAGGGGGCCUUUCCCAGCAGCCCUCAGCUCAGUCUUCCUCUCCCACGUUGGCUUGGCUUGCAGGUCAGGGGCCGGGCCUUCCUGCCCCACACCACCCCAAGAUUCCCUGGGUCUCCAUAGCAGAGAUGCCCAAGCCUGGCAGCGUCUCCAAGGGCAGGUGGGGAGCAGUCCCCGGAAGCUGGACCUGUACAAAGGCCGCCCUGAAUCUUUCCUUCUCGAGCAAUUCAAAAGACUCCUGAACAGGGAGGGAUGGAGGGAUUUCGGUUGCUGGGAGGGACCACACUUCUCAGGUCACUCUUUGCAGCCACAAUACGGGGUGGGGGUGGGUGGGACAC